AUGACGUCUGAAUCAAUCAUUACUCUCCGCGAGCUCAAGAUCAAAUCUGGUGUUGUCAAGAGAACCCACAAGGAGUAUCUUGCAUACCAGAAAGAAGCAGAAAAGCAAAAUGCUCGUAUUGAAAGUUUGAUUGCCAAAUGUGCUCACGAUGCAGAUGUUCGAAAACAGCGUGAGGUGCUUGAUGAAACUACCCAGAUCUUGCCAGAUACCAAAGCUCGCCUUGUAGCUGCUUACGCUGCUCUUGCUAGUGCUCUAGAAUCCUUCAAGGAGGAUCAGAGUGAAGAUGUCACUGCAGCCAGAGAGAUUUAUGCUGAAGCCACUCCUCUUAUUAGUUAA